UUCUUCUUCUUCUUGGGAUGGUGCGAGGGGUUCGAUGGGACCGGAAUAGAUAGAACUCUCUACAUAUAUAUUUAUGUGUGUGUGUUUUUUGGCCCUCUUGGGGAAGAUUUGAUGAGGGAGGUUCGGAUAGAAUUUCAUAUUGGAUUUUUCAUCUUCCCUCUAUUGACUGCUUGUGUCGUUCUGAUCCCCUACCACUACUGUUCGUGUCUCCCCUAUGCUUCGAGAUCGGUCUAUGUUUUUUUCACUGAACAUCGUGUGAGCUUUGGUCGACUCUCACGGUCAUUCUGCCACUAUCUUGUCUUGUCGUGGGGACAUGGUUGAGACGAGACAUCGUAGUCGGUGCAGUGUUCGGUCGAAUCAUGGGGACCUUCUCGACUACG